AGAGAGAGAGAGAGAGAGAGAGAGAGAGAGAGAGAGAGAGAGAGAGAGAGAGAGAGAGAGAGAGAAAAAGAGUCAGAGAACUGUCUAACCCUGCCCACUUUCAACAAAACCAUUCAGCUCCGGUGUAACGUGCUGCACUCUGUCAGGUUUCUCCUCUCCACUGCUCUGUCAUCUCUGGUCUCUCCGAGCUCAUCAGGACCGAACUGUGAACGGGACCAGGACUAAAAAAAACCCCACACAGGAUCAGAAGCCUUAGGACGUUGACGAGAGCUUCGUGUUUUCCGGCAUGUUCACACCUUUUGGAUCAGGAUUAUUUUAGGUUUCUUUCUACGCUCACAUUUGUUUUUCCUGAAGGUGGCUGGGCGUUUGUCCACUCUAGCUGGCAUCUGAUCGCGAGAAGCGGCGGUGCCCACAAUGCCCUCUCUCGCCCUGCUGAUGGCUCUGGCACUAUUCCUUUCCGGCUGCCUGUCCGGACGCUGUUCCCCAACGCCUUCGGGCAUGCAAGGCACGACUCCUUUAGAGAGUGAAAGACUGGCAGGGUCUCAGGGGGCUGAGCAGCAGGAGGAGGCUGGUGUGGGGAGUCCGUGUCCAUCCUGUGCCCUCAGCCAUUUAGACAGAGAUUCAGAACCUGGAAUGGUAGAGGCGGUAAAGAGGCACAUUUUGAACAUGCUGCACCUGAGCGCACCGCCCAACAUUAGCCGUCCGGUGCCCCGCGCUGCCCUGCUUAAUGCCCUGCGCAAGCUCCACGUGGGCCGCGUUGCACAGGAUGGCACGGUGGAAAUUGAGGACGAAGCAGAAGACUUUGGAGGACGCAGUGUUCAAGGAGAUGAGCAGCCAUCUGAAAUCAUCACUUUCGCAGAGCCACUUGAUGUUCCCGAUAUGGUGAAGUUUGGCAUUUCUGAAGACAGCACCAUACAGUCCGUGGUGGAGCAGGCCAACGUGUGGAUUUUCCUUAAAUUACCAAAGGGAAGCCAUGCAAAGGGCAAAGUUUCCCUGCAGCUCCUGCAGACCCCAGGUGUGAGCACAGAGUCAAAUCCAGAUCCCCAGGAUGAGGUGUUGGUGUCCCAGAAGAUGGUGGAUGCACGGCGUAGCGGCUGGCACACCCUGUCGGUGGGGGCCAGCGUGCAGACACUGCUGGACAGGGGUGGUGGAGAACUGCGGCUUCGAGUGUCAUGCCCGCUGUGUGCAGAGAUUGGGGCAGUGCCAAUCCUUGGUGAAGGAAAGGGAAAGGAGCACUCACAAUCACACCGUCCUUUCCUGAUGGUGGUGCUACAUCCGGCCGAGGAACGGCAACACCGGCGCAACAAGCGUGGCCUCGAGUGCGAAGGCAAUAUGCGCGCAUGCUGUAAGCGACACUUUUACGUCAACUUCAAGGAAAUUGGCUGGAGCGACUGGAUCAUCGCGCCCUCGGGUUAUCACGCCAACUACUGUGAAGGGGAGUGCCCAGGUCAUGCUGCGAGCAUGGCGGGCACGGCGCUUUCCUUCCACUCCACCGUUAUCAACCACUACCGCAUGCGUGGCUACAGCCCAUUCGCAGGCAUCCGGUCAUGCUGCGUUCCAACGCGUUUCCGUGCCAUGUCCAUGCUAUAUUUCAACGAAGAGCAAAAGAUCAUCAAGAAGGACAUCCAGAACAUGAUCGUAGAAGAAUGUGGCUGCUCAUAAAAUUCACAGAAAUAAAAACUCAACCACAUGCUUCGGAACUGUUUCGUAACUACUUAGCGAAGGUCGAAGCACACGGUCGGUGGAUUAGCACCCUAGGCUGACCCACAAACAUUUUUCGAACUGUCAUUGUUUUUGACUUGAACAUCCUCUGUUCAUGAACUUCUCUAUUCAGGACUCUUGAUUUGAGUGAUCUCUGUGGCACUUUCAUAUAAAUGUUAGAAAAAAAAAGAAAGAGGCGUAAUAUAUUUUUGUUAUUUUGAAGGGAAAAAGGGAAAUAUGAGGGAACAGGUGCAUGGUCAGAAUCGAAUGUGGUUCCGUGUUCUCUGCGCUGCAAUAAAAAGAAGCAUUUCGGAAAAAUAUAUCCGAGGGAAAAAAAAAUGAACUAUGCAACUGGUAUUAUUGGAUGUUAAUUUUUGUCAUUCAUGUUUUUAUCGUUUUCUUUUUGUGAACCCUUUUCGACAAAAAAAGAGAACUUAUUUUAAAAACAAAAACAACAAAAAUACUUGAAGAAAAGUUGUUGGACCAGCUACUGGAGCCAAACUAUGAUUAUUUUUCUUAUUAUUAUUACCUAUACAUUAUGAAUGUUGAAGAAAAGUGAUCAGGAUUUGCACUAAACCAACAUUCUUUUAUCAGCCACACAAGAAUAUGAUGUACA